GGCUCGGAGCGCGUCGGAGCCCAGACCUGCGGGAGCCCAGACCUGCGGGAGCCCAGACCUGCCGGAGCCCAGACCUGCCGGAGCCGGCGCGGGCGGCAGCCUCGGGUCUCCCGGAACCAUGGUGAAGUUGGGGAACAAUUUCGCGGAGAAGGGCACCAAGCAGGCGCUGCUGGAGGAUGGCUUCGACACCAUCCCCCUGAUGACGCCCCUCGAUGUCAAUCAGCUGCAGUUCCCGCCCCCGGAUAAGGUGGUGGUGAAAACCAAGACUGAAUAUGAACCUGACCGCCAGAAAGGCAAAGGGCGUGUCCACAAAAUAGCUGAGUUCACCGUCAGCGUCACCGACAGCAUGUCCGAGAGGUUUAAGGUCUCUGUGCUGGUCUUCAUCGCCCUGGCCUUCCUCACCUGUGUCGUCUUCCUGGUCGUCUACAAGGUGUACAAGUACGAACGCCUCUGCCCUGAUGGCUUCAUCCUCAAGAAUGCCCAGUGUGUCCCCAACGGCUUGGCGGCCUACUACGCAGAGCAGGGCCCGCACUCCCCGGACAAGUUCUACGCGGCCGUGAACCACUAUGACCUGGCCAAGCAGAGCACCGCACGCUCCGUGUCGCCCUGGGUGUCCGUGCUGUCGGAGGAGCAGCUGUCGGAGCAGGACACGGAGGCCGCUGAGAAGUCAGCUUAGCAACGUGGGCAGGUUCCUUACGGAGUGUCACCUGAAGGUAACGAAGGGA